AUGGGCCCCUGUACCACCUCCUCAUGCUGCUGCCAGGCCCGUAAUCUGCCAUGGGCCCCCGUACCGACUCCUCAUGCUGCUGCCAGGCCCGUAAUCUGUCAUGGGCCCCUGUACCGCCUCCUCAUGCUGCUGCCAGGUCCAGAGUGUGUCAUGGGUCCCUGUACGGCCUCCCAUUGCUGCUGUCUCCAUCGCCACACUCUGCCAUGUGCCACUUUCAGGUCUCCUCACACUGCUGGUGGGUUCCAUUUUGUCAUAGGGUGCUGUAUGGCCUCCCAUUGCUGCUGCCUCCACCGCCACACUGUGGCUCCACACUCUGGUUUUGGCCCCGUGACUGCCCAAAUGAGUGAAAGUGUGCGGUGAUUCUAAGAUCGACGGCACUCAUCUGCAUGUCAUACUGACUGACAGUAUUAUUUCUCUUCCCCAGCAGACUCCAAGGGCAUUUAAAAUUAAAGGUACAGUGUUCUGCACUAAUAUAA